AUGGGGAACACUCGAGACGAGAUACCGGCCUUCCUCGCCGAGGUCCGGGAUGCUGUAAUGGAAGACCCCGGCCUCCCAAGAAACAACCCAACCGUCUCUCUCUGGCAGGAGCCUCCUCAUCCUACUGUCGCUUCUAUCCAGUCCACGGUCUUACCCCAACAGACCGAUUUCGUAGUCAUUGGUUCCGGUAUUACGGGGUGUAGCGUAACAAAAACACUACUCGAUCAACAGCCCGACAUCAGCGAAACCGGUAAGGCCAGCCAUGUCACACUUCUUGAGGCACGGACGCUUGUGAGUGGCGCUACAGGCCGAAAUGGUGGACAUCUUGUCACUGCCGCUGGCCAUACCUACGGAGAGCUGGCCAAUGACUACGGCGAAGAAACUGCCAAGGAAAUUACCCGAUUCAGCAUCAUGAAUAUUGACUAUAUCUUGAAAAUGGUUCGUAAAAUGGAUCCAGAGCUCCAAGAGUACAGUCAGAUCAGAGACGUCAUCAAGGUCAUGGUCGCCCAAGAUGCGGCUACGUGGGAGGCUUCGAAGAAGUCUGUUCAAGACUUCCAGAAGGCCGUUGAAGAAUACAAGACUUACCACCGGAUUAUUGAGAAGGGGGAUCUCGCCGAGCGUUGGAAUGUCAAAGACGGCUUUGGAGCUAUCGAGCACCCCGCUGGUGCGGUUUGGCCUUAUCGCCUAUUAACAGGAAUUUAUGCGCGACUAUUGGAGAAAUAUCCUGAUCGGCUGUCAAUUGAAGCAAACACGCCCGUAACCGACAUAACAUACGACUCAGUUGUCCAUGAGUACGUGAACCAGUACCCAUAUACCGUCAUUACCCCUCGGGGCAGCAUCCGAGCCAGACAAGUCAUCCACUGCACGAAUGCAUUUGCGUCACAUCUUCUUUCACCCCUCCGAGGCAAGGUCUAUCCUUUCCGCGGUACUAUGUCUGUUCAAGAGGCCAGCCCGACACUCAAUAAGGGAGAUUUCCGUUCUUGGAGUGGGAUGAACCAGCAGUCGCUUGACCCAGACACAGGCAUGUACAAAUCUGGGUUGUUUUACCUUCAGCAGAAUGCUCACACGGGCGACAUCUGGGUUGGGACUGAGGUCUCGCAUCUACGAGAUACCCUCAGCAGUGAUGAUACAUAUAUUUCUUCUGAUUCAUGGGAAGAGCUCUCUAAAUUCCUGCCCAAUUAUUUCUUGGGAUGGGGCAAAGCCGAGCUGGGGCGUAUCAAAGGUAUCUGGGCCGGCAUUCAGGGCCACACCACGGAUGGGCUUCCCUUAGUUGGAAAGAUUCCAGAAAAAGUCACAGGAAGACCGGGUAGUACUGGUGAAUGGAUUGCUGCUGGCUUUAAUGGUUAUGGUAUGGAUAAGUGCUGGUUAACCGGCCAAGCUCUAGCUAAGAUGGUUCUGGGCCAAGAGGUGGAUGAAUGGUUCCCAAAGUGCUACUAUAUUUCCGAAGCACGUGUUGAGCAAGCCAUGAGCAUGGCCAACCUCCUC